CCCCUUAAACUCAAGUGGGGUCCAUCCAUCCCACUUGUAAGUCCUGAGCUUAUGUCAUCUUCUCCUUUGGCUCUCUUAUCAAAGAAACUUGUGCGCUAAUUAGCUGUAGUUUUCUUCCUCUCCUUCAUCUUCAUGCUCAAAAAGGACAAUUUUUAUUGGCGUGUAAGAGUAUAUAUAACCUUACUAGUCAAUUUCUUAGCAAGCUUUACACACUAGUUGGUCUUUCUUUGCUUAUUCAGAAAGAGGGAAAAAUCCAAAAAGGUAAAACCCAGCUCAAAACCAAGUCCAUUCUGCUUAAUUUCUUCUUAAUUUUCUGUAGAUUGAAGUCAAAAUCUGUUUGGGAGCAUGGUUUUUCAUUGGGUAUUUGAUUAAUUUCAGUUUUCGGCAUCUGGGUUAUGUUAAUUUUUUACCUAGCAUUCAUGGGGUUGUUGGAUUUAUGGAUUUGUAUGUAGUUUUCUUCUUUUUUUGGCUAAAAUUUUGAUUGUAUGUAGUAUGUAGCAUGUUUUUGAUACAAAUUGGUUUAAUUCAAAGCAAUAUCAUACUGUAAGUAAUCUCAAAAGGGGUCAAAGGAGAGUAUUUGAUUUGAAUCUGAAGUGGGUUUUAAGUCUGAAAUCAGUAUUUUCUGCUGAGAGGAGAGUUGAUGCUUGGUCCAAGGCAAUGGAGGUGUAUCUGGCCAGAUUUCUAUUUCUUUAGCAUUUGUUUAAGGAAAUAAUAUGAAGAACCUUUUGAAGAAGCUGAAUAUUAUGCCCAAUCAAUCUGAAGAAAUUGAGGGUUCUAAUUCAUCAAAAACCAAUAAUAAAUUGAAUGCUGGAUUAUCUCCUAGGUCACAGGCACAAGCACAUAAUAAAACCUUUACUGCUUUGGCUGGUUGGUUUAAUUCAGUUACUAAUAGAAAGAGUCCUAGCCCCCCUUCUUCUUCAAAUGUUAGGACACAAGAUAUAAUGGAUCAACAUUUAGAUUCUGCUAGCAGUAGUGGGUUGGAUGUUAAUUUGGAUGUUGGGAGGCGUGACUCGGAGUCAAGUAAUUCAAAGGAUCCUGACGUUGAGGAAGAGUAUCAAAUUCAAUUAGCUAUGGAAAUGAGUGCAAGGGAAGAUCCGGAGGCUGUUCAGAUUGAAGCUGUGAAGCAAAUAAGUUUAGGGUCUCAUACACAGGAGAAUACUCCUGCAGAGGUUGUGGCAUUCAGAUACUGGAAUUACAAUGCUCUUAGUUAUGAUGACAAGAUAUUGGAUGGUUUCUAUGACCUUUAUGGUGUGGUCAUCAGCAGUGAAUCAUCAAGGAUGCCAUCCCUGAUUGAUCUUCAAGCAACACCAGUAUCUGAAGGUAUUAGUUGGGAGGCUAUUCUGGUAAACAGGGCUGCUGAUGCCAAUCUGCAUAAACUUGAAAAGAGGGCUGCCAUUUUGGCUUCUGAGGCAAGGUCGGAUCCCCUUCUCGGUGACAAUGCAUUGGUGCGACAGCUUGCUACUCUGGUUUCUGACUACAUGGGUGGACCAGUUGGAGAACCAGACGACAUGUUAAGAGCAUGGAAAAGCCUUAGUUAUAGUUUGAAGAAUUCAACUUUGAGGAGCAUGGUGUUGCCACUUGGAUCUUUAACAAUUGGAGUGGCUCGUCAUCGUGCUUUACUAUUCAAGGUUUUAGCUGACAGUGUGGACCUUCCGUGUCGUUUAGUGAAAGGACAAUUAUACACGGGCUUUGAUGAUGUUGCUGUGAACUUCGUUAAGAUCGAUGGUGGAAGGGAAUUCAUUGUUGAUCUAAUGGCAGAUCCAGGGACACUAAUUCCUUCUGAUGUGGCAGUGACCCACGUUGACUAUGCGGAUUCCUUUUCUUCUACUAGUCCUUUGUCCCGAGACAUUGAAUCAAAUAUGGGCACUUGUAGCAGCGGAGCAGUUAGCUCAUUUGACGAGCCUUCAGAUUCUGGGAUACUAGAUGAGAAGAUUUGCCUCAAAACUCAGUCUGUCGGAAUAGAUGAGUCCGGUGACAAACUUUUUUCUACUGCUUCUGAUAAACUUCUCGGGCCAGGAUUGAGUGGUGAUGAAGUUAAUGCAUCAACAGGGUUCAGCAGAAAUCCCAGUGAAGGGAAAAAGUUGCCAGUGGAGGUAACUCCAUCUAGAAACAGCUAUCCUAUAAUGCAUGCAAGAUCUCCUUCAUGGACAGAAGGAGUUAGCUCACCAGCCGUGCGCAAAAUGAAGGUGAAGGAUGUUUCACAAUACAUGAUUGAUGCCGCCAAAGAAAAUCCUCAAUUAGCACAGAAACUCCAUGACGUGUUGCUCGAAAGUGGUGUUGUUGCUCCUCCAAACCUGUUCACUGAAAUUUAUCCAGACCAUUCAGAUGUAUCUGUCACUUUUACUAAGCCUCAUGUUGGACUAAGGCAAGAGAAUAUAACGAAGCAAGAAUCGCGAAAGUCUAAAGAUUUGGAUUAUUCUGUUCAACCCAAAUUCUUGCCACCCUUACCUCCUCAAAUAGGGCCAUCAAAGGCAAGUCCAAGCCUGCAGCUAGAAAAUGUGCACCCUGUACAAGGUUCUGAAACUGAUAAUUCUAUAGGAGCUAGUGAAGGUAGCACAAACCCUUUCGACAUACAGUCUGGUGUAACUCCAGUUAAGUUCGGAAAAAAUGUUCCCGUUUCUGCUGCAGCAGCAGCAGCAGCUGCUGUUAUUGCAUCAUCCAUGGUGGUUGCUGUGGCCAAAUCAAGCCCUGAUCCAAACUUUGAACUCCCUGCUGCUGCCGCUGUUACUGCUACUGCAGCAGCUGUGGUGGCGACAACUGCUGCUGUUGGUAAGCAGUAUGAGCAGCUGGGGGCUUCUCCACACUCACCAGGUGGAGAUGUUGGCUUCUUCAACGAAGCGGUUGGUUCAAGGAGUGCAGAGGGGGAUGAUGCUGUUGGCAAGGAGCGAGACACUUCCGGAGCCAAUUCAGAGGAAAGAACAUCUGAUAGGUCUGCAGGCGGUGAUAGUGCAAGUAGUGCAAGGUCUGAUAUGCAGUUAGACGACGUUUCAGAUUGCGAGAUUUUGUGGGAGGAAAUUACCCUGGGUGAGCGUAUCGGACUUGGAUCAUAUGGCGAAGUUUACCGUGGAGAUUGGCGUGGAACUGAAGUUGCUGUUAAGAGGUUCUUGGACCAAGAUAUAUAUGGGGAGUCGCUAGAAGAGUUUAGAAGUGAGGUUCGUAUCAUGAAAAGACUAAGGCAUCCAAAUGUUGUUUUGUUCAUGGGAGCUGUUACUCGUCCACCAAAUCUGUCAAUUAUUACAGAAUUUCUUCAUAGGGGUAGUUUGUAUAGAUUACUUCACCGGCCUAACAACCAACUAGAUGAAAGGAGGCGGUUAAGGAUGGCUUUUGAUGCUGCAAGGGGUAUGAAUUAUCUUCAUAGCUGUUCACCUGUAAUUGUUCAUCGUGACUUGAAAUCUCCAAAUUUGCUUGUUGAUAGGAAUUGGGUUGUUAAGGUCUGUGAUUUUGGCUUAUCUCGUAUGAAGCACAGCACAUUUCUUUCUUCUCGCUCAACUGCAGGAACAGCUGAAUGGAUGGCUCCAGAAGUCCUUCGAAAUGAGCCUUCUGAUGAGAAGUGUGAUGUAUAUAGCUUCGGGGUUAUACUCUGGGAGCUUUGCACUCUUCAGCAGCCAUGGGGAGGAAUGAAUCCUAUGCAGGUGGUUGGUGCCGUUGGCUUUCAACAUCGUCGUCUCGACAUACCAGAAACUGUCGAUCCUGCAGUUGCUGAUAUCAUUAGAAGAUGCUGGCAAACAGACCCAAAGCUCCGGCCUACAUUUACUGAAAUUAUGGCUGCGCUGAAGCCGCUACAAAAGCCUAUAGGAUCACAGCUGCCACGGCCAAGUUCCUCAAGAAGCAGUGAAUGAGAAGAGCCGUAAUCAUAGAUCAGCAAUGUUAUCUAACUCCGGAAAGUGCGCUACCAGCCGCAGGUGAAUUCCGAUAAAUUUGAGGCAAAUCUGGUAAGAAAAAGUACAAACGAGGCUGGAUGAAGAUCUAAUCCUCGAACGUAUAGAUAAAUAUGAUUCUUUGUACGUUAUCUUCUUCGGUUACUACUUACGAGGGUGCUGUGCAUGAUAAAUAUGUGUUAUUGAUUUGUUGCGAAUGGCGCCUGCCCUUAUUCCCGUUUCUCCCCCUCUGUUUUCGGGUUGUAACUUGUAAGUGUUUUCUGAAUAGUCUUGUAAUUUAUAACUUGAUCUUUGAUUCUCAAGAUUGCCAUGAAUUUUGUGACUAAAACAAAUUAAUCAGCAAUUUGUAAAGCUUUUUUUUUUUUGUUUGAAAUGAAUUUUAUAGGCAACUUUCUCAAUUCA